AUGAAAAUCCCUCCACCGUUUCCACCAAGGUUUAAGAGAAAAGAGGAGAAUGAUAAGCUCGGGAAAUUCAUGGCUAAGCUUAGCAUCCUCGCUAUCAAUAUCCCAGUACUCGAGGAUAUCCAAGAGAUUUUGGGGUAUGCUAAGCUUAUUAAGAAAUUAAUGUCAAAGAAGAAUCUUGUUGAAGGUGACACCAUUGAAGUCACCCAUAGGUGUAGCGCUAUCAUGAGUAGUGCAAUAAUAGAAUCGAAGGAGGAUCCUCGGGCUUUUACAAGUCCAUCCACCAUCGGGACGCAUAAGUUUGAAAAAGUUUUAUGUGACCUUAGUGCUAGUAUUAAUCUCAUGCCGUUUGUAAUAUAUCAGAGGCUUGGCUUAAGUACCCCUACUCUAAUGUUGAUGAGGCUUUUGAUGGCAGGCCAGUCUAGUAAUAAAUUGGUUAGUGUUUUGUUUGACGUGUUGGUGAAAGUGGAUAUAUUCAUCCUUCCCAUGGAUUUUAUAGUGCUAGAUUGUGAGAUGGACCAAGAGGUACCUAUUAUCCUUGGUCUUUCUUUCCUUGCUAUCGGAAGAGCCAUUGUCGAUUUGGAGCUUGAGAAAAUAAGGUUUGUUGUUCAUGAUGGUAAGGUGUACUUUUGGGUAUGCAAAAUGAAGAAACAACCCAUGGAGCUUCAAGUGGUGUCAGUUACAGAUGUUGAAGAUGAGGAAGGGAAUGAGGGGUCCCUUGAGGAUCCAACUGGAAAAGGAUAA